AUGGACGGGGAGGCGCAGAGCUUCUCGCAGUUCCUGCUGCUGACGGAGCAGCACCGGCAGCUUCAGGAGCUGCAGCAGCAGCUGGAGCAGCUCCGGGCGGCCGUGGCAGCAGCAGAGACCCCCCAGGAGCCGGGGGGACCCCCGGGGGACCCCGAAUUUGAGGUGCAGGAGCUGCGGGAGCAGGAACGGAGGGGCAGGGAAGAGCUGCAGGAGCUGAGGGCAGGUCCUGGCAGGGAACGAGGCCGUUUGGAGCCGACCCCCCCCUCCACGCCCCCCCAGCCCCAGGGAGGAGCCCCCGGCCGGGGAGGAGGAGGAGGAGGAGGGGGAGAGACCCCUGAGCCCCGGUGCUGA